AUGGCAGGAUUAUCCACAAAUUGGAAUCAGCUACGAGAGGAGUUAAAGCAAGAGGAGACAAAAUCCGGGAAUCAAGCUAAUAAUAAUAGAAGCGUAAGUUUUAAACAUAAAAGAAUGGCUCGAUUAACCAGGAAGAAAGCGAAGCGACAAGGGUCUAUGAAAAAUGGAAGUGAUAGUUCGGACGGUUCAACUUCAGAUGUUACAGAGAGUCAGAAAGAGUGGGCAAAUUAUUCGUUGGAAAAUGAGUUAACGAAUGUACUUGGGAUAGACUGUGAAUAUGUUGGUAUUGGCAUAAAUGGCAAGGAUAAUAUGCUUGCAAGAGUUUCAAUUGUAAAUAUACAUGGGCGAUGUAUCUACGACAAGUAUGUGAUACCGAGGGAAAAUGUAACAGAUUAUCGUACACCAAUAAGCGGCAUUAGACCUAUUAAUUUAGUAAAUGGAGAACCAUUCCAGAAAGUUCAAUCAGAGGUGCAUAAAUUGCUCAGCGGUCGAAUUGUCGUUGGACACUCUCUUAAGAAUGAUUUUAAAGUCUUGAAUCUUUUUCAUACGCGUAGGAUGACACGAGAUACCUCCACGUAUUUGCCGUUUCGUAAAAUCUUACGUAUCUCAAAAACUCCUUCGCUGAAAUUACUGGCAAAACAGCUGCUGGGUAUUGAUAUUCAGAAUGGGGAGCAUGAUUCAAUUAUUGAUGCACGAGUUGCAAUGCGGUUGUACGUCUUGAAUCGGAAACAAUGGGAAAAUUAUAUGCAACAGUUCGCUAACCGGUGGUAA